UAUCAUCAGUACGAGUACAUCCGUUUGACAAAUCAACCAUCCAAUAGCGGUAAAGUGAUCACAAGGGUCUUGAACCACGGUUAUUACUUUACUAUACUAGCUGUAGAAGGUUUAAGCUCGCCCUUCGGCCUGAAAAGUGAUUACAAUAAAGUUCAAAUCUCAAGCUCAGAUCGGACCUGAAAAACUACCAAUAAUUCUUCGUCAAAACACUACUCUGAAUAUCAUAUUUACUGCUACAAGAACAAGGAUAUCUCUCAAGUACGGCAAACACAAUCAAGCAUCUAUAUUGGUUCACAAUCUGUUGAUCGCGAGUGGAUUAGAGCAACAACUAUAGAAUAAGGCAAGACUCGACAAGAGCACGUCCCCUUUUGGGAUCGCAAGACAAGAGAUUCACUGAGUACUUAGGUAUACUUGAUUAUUAUUAAAUCAAGUCAGUCCAUUUAUACUGUGGUUCUGACAUCUUCAAGGAGGACAUAUCGCAUUAUGAAAUUCCAGAGAUUGUCUUUGGUUUUGUGGACUGUGACACUAGCUUUCUGCCUUGGUAAAGGCAAAGCGAGACGAAAUCGCCUGCCGAUUCCAACAUCCCUCCUCGUGCCUGAUGCUAAUGGCAUCGACGUGAUUCUAGAAGCUGAGGAGUUACUCGAGAAAACCAAGAUUUUCAGCGAUGAUCAUGACAUGAUCAAACGAAUAGCCAUAGUGGAAGCUUCGUUUAACAGGACAUCCAACGAUGGUGGCUUGUGGCAAGUCGAGAAGUGCAUCUUUCGGGGGGUGACGCAAAACCGGAGGAAAUACAAGCAACUGGCCGCACUACAGAAACUAGUGCGUCGAAGAUUGGGAAUAACGUGGUCGAGAGUGCGGCAUUACGAUUUACGGCGACCGCUUUAUUCGAUUGUUGCUGCCAGAUUGUUUUUGGAAGUGGCGGUCGAUUCGUAUCCGAAAAGUUUGAAAAAUCAAGCGCAUUUGUGGAGUGAGAAGUACCACAAAUGUACUGAAAGUGGAAAGAACACACGGUCGCCUCCGCCAGACAGAAAAAGAAGAAGCGAAGACGUUUACAUAAAAGUUGUCAAGAGCUCCUGUAACAGCGGUUACAACAAGUGUACACACUUCUGCCACGAGCUUCCCCAAGGCAAAACAGCUUGUAGUUGUCGCAAGGGAUUCGUAUUGGAUUCAGAUGGCAAGUCUUGCAAAGAAAAUAAAAACCCGUCAGAUGAAUUGAAGCCCAUAUGCAUCAGUAACGGGAAUCAAUGUGAACAUUCCUGCACACGAGAAAGGGGCUUGGUCAAGUGCACGUGUCGAGAGGGGUUUAUCCUUCAUGAUAAUGGCUUCAGUUGUGUAGAUUUGGAUGAAUGCGAGUACUAUCCAUGUGACCACGACUGUCACAAUACACCAGGCUCGUUCUACUGUACUUGUAAGAAAGGAUACUCCAUCCAAACAGAUAAACUCAGUUGCAAAGUCAUUGACUUGACAGAGGAACAACUCAACUGUUCUGUGAAUGACAUCGCAUGUUUUGACCGCUGCCCUAACUGCCCGUGCCCAAAAGGAAUGACACGAAGAAAUGGCCAUUGCAUAGAGAUAGACGAAUGCUCGUUGUAUAAAGGCGUGUGUCAUCACAACUGCCUCAAUACUCCUAAAGGAUACCGUUGUGCAUGUAGUCCGGGGUUUACGUUGGACGAGAAUGGCAUCUCCUGCUCAGAUGAAGACGAGUGCAAGACUGGAUCACAUGGCUGCCAUCAUAAAUGUCUCAAUAUUCCCGGUAGCUACUUCUGCUCAUGCGCAAAGGGGUAUAGAUUAGACGUUAAUCUUAGAACAUGUGUUGAUAUUGAUGAAUGCGCGUUGUAUUCUGGGAUAUGUAAGGGUUCAUCGAAGUGUCGAAAUACACUUGGAAGCUACGAGUGUGAGUGCCCGAGAGGAUUCAUUGGCCAUAAUCAGGAUGUGUGCAUUGAUGAUAAUGAAUGUCUGAGGAACAACGGAGGGUGUAGCCAGAGAUGUCAAAACCUACCCGGUAGUUACCGAUGUUCGUGUUGGCAUGGCUAUUACUUGUCACCAGACAGAAAGACUUGCUUAGACAUAGAUGAAUGUACCCGGUACCGGGGAUUAUGUCACCACAGCUGUAUCAACACCCCCGGGGGUUACAAAUGCAUUUGUCCCCCAAAUCAAAUCCAGCAUGCUAAUGGACUGCUCUGCCUACCGUCAGCGUGAUACACGCAUGCGCAUCGACAUGGAAGGCCGCGUCUCAUUAAUACACCAAGGGCGUGGCAUCCACCAUAGAUGGUAGAAAGAAAGUCAAAGUAACAAAUGAACAAAUGGACUUAACAGACUGGCGAUUUCUUAAUUUAUUUUUGUUCUCAUAAAGUGUCGUACGUUCAGAAAGACAACUGAAGACGAAACUUAUCGACUGAACUUUUAACAAUUUUCUCAACAAGACCUAGAAUGGGACGUCAGUAACUCAACUCCAUUACUUCAGUGGGACUGAUAGAUUUUUUAAAAAAUUCAAAAGCAAAAGAUGGAAAAAAUAUCCUGCCUUCAGCAUAGAGUUCUGGCGAAGGCACAAAGUUUCGUUACAAAAAGACAAUUGCAUAACUGGGACGCAUGCGCGUCGUUGAUGCUGUUCGCUGACCACAAGAAACUGAGGACCAUUUGACUUGCAUCAGGUUUCUGGUGAACCAGAUAUUUCGAUUUGUCAAUUAUUUCUGAGACAUUAGCCACGUACGAUUAUUUAGCUAGUUUGCAGUGCACUAUUCAGCACUAAAUUAUUGCAAAUGCAUAUUAUAUUUAUAUUAAUUCAUUAAUACGCAGAACAAAAAAAUAUAUGCAAAAUCCACAAAUCGUGCAGGCGGUUGUUCAUUCAGAACGCCUGCCAUUGUAUAAAUGUUAGCCCUGCUAGUGAAAACCUUGGGUAUUGUAGUGUGGAUUUUAAAGUACACUUCUUUUUAUCUCGUUUUGUUAACUAAACGACAGUUUUAGGAUGUGGAAGAAUUAUUUUAUUGUGGAUUUUAGAAAUACCUACACUUGUUCUACAUCACUAACGUUUUAGUGAAGUUUGCAUUGCCUUGCGGUACACAAAAGAGUAAUGCUUUUUAGUUUGCUUUGCUUGGAUUGCCGUCAUUUUCAAAUGAACGAACUGAAAUAAAAUUGGCGGCCAUUUUGGUGAUGAAUACACUCCUUCAACAUGACGGCAAAGACUGGACUUCGCACACAUGCCCAUGUAUAAACGUUGAAGUUUUCUGACAUUUAUACCACAACUUAAACAUGAGAUCUUAGCUUUUUUCUGCCCAUUCUAUACUAUUUGUGCGUGCAGUCUUGUCCCGGUACGAACAAAUAUUUUCGCCUUUGGCGCUUAUAUUUUACACUAAAUUUUUUUAACAUCGCACGUAAUCUGAUUUAGCAGCUUCUCUGAGUAGCCAUCCUCCCGAGUUCAUAGUAUUUCAUUUUCUCAUUAUUACCAAUUUCUCUAUGAGAAUGUUUAGGGUAUAGCAUUUCCAUGCAAUAACGCCAAUUACGAUUCGUUGAUUUGGAUCACGUGAUUUCUAGAAUCCACCCAAUGAGAUGCCUUGUAAUAAUGCAUGAUUUUUUAUGGUUUGACAAUGUAAUACUGGUCUGACGUGGUGGUUGUCAAAUCACCUAUGGUAUUGUACGUACAUCAUUAUGAAUUAAACACAACAUCUUAGUAUAA